AUCUGUCGUCUACUUUGGCGUUUUAGAGAAAGCAGGAAGGAAAAAUGAGUAGUGGAACUGGGAUUUUGAGUUUCUUAGAUCCGGAUUUAUCAUGCUAUGUUGAUGCUCUUCAUCAGCCAGAUGCUGACCUCGGUGUUCUUGGAGGAACAAUUCGAGUUGUCGAACCUAAAUGCGGGAGGAUCACCCAAAACCCAAGGAACAGCUGUGACAGGUUCAAAGUUACCAUACCUUAUGGUGGAAACUCACUAACAUGGCAAGUGAUCUUUGAUAGUUUACACCCAUCCCUCCCGCCUGAUUUCAUCUUUGAUGCUCAUGACCGAACUUUUGCUCCAGAACUUGACCAGCUCAAGUGCUUGGUGAAUUGGGACCACACCGAACCAAAGUCUUUAGUGUUUGCAUUGAGAGAGCUACUUUCCCAGUACAAGACAUAUCAAGAAAAUCUACUUUGCAGCAAUGCCAGGCUUCAAUUUGAAUAUGUUUCAUUGAUUGAAACCACCCAGUUUACAGAUAUCGAAGUACACCAAAUCCAGAAAUCAUCCUAUGCAAGAGAUUCAGUUGUCAAUUUCCUGAUCAAGUUGCCAGUGGACUUCAAGGACAUUCCAGCGUAUCUCAUUAAGGACAAUCCAGGGAAUGAUAUAGCCAUUCUUUUAGUAAGUUUCCAAGGAAUUGAUGGUAACAAGGUAUCUCCUCAACUCUUCCUUUCACCGAGGGUAGAAAGAGCAUUGGGAGGAACAGCAAGUCUUAGAAUUCCGGCUUUCUCAAAUCGGAACCACCUGACUGAUUAUACAGGACACAUCCUAGAACUCUUACAAAACCUGGUGGAGCAAGUUGUGAAAGGAUAUCAGAAGAGGAAGGAAUUUGUUGCAGCACUCCUAAGUCACUAUGGAAGGUCAUGUCUUGAGUAUGACUCUGAGGGAUUCAGCAAAGCUUCCUUCCUAUUUGAAAUGCAGGAUUUUCACUUCAUAUUACAUGUGCGGAUACCCAGUUUCUUUCCUCGAGAGCAGCCAGAGUUUGUUUUCCAGUCGGUCUAUCACACCACAUCGUUAGGGAAACCAUUCCAAGCUGUGGUGUCUAACUAUCCAUACAGCCCACGAUGGAGUGGCAAUGAGAUGGCUGAAAGAGCAAAAGUGUUCAUGGAGCAGUACAUCCAAGAUUUUAAGAGAUCAUCGGUGACAAGCGGACGCUUUACUUGAUGUAACAAUUCCAAAUAAACAGUGUAUUUAGGACUAUAUAAGAGAGCUGCACCAAUUGGUAGAUGCUUUUUGUAACUUCUGAAGUUUUCCAUGGUGA